AUGCACGAGCUCACUGAGCAAGUUAAUCAGGAGAUAUUAAAUCUCGAUGAGUUGGAGAUAUCAGAUGACUAUGAAUCUGAGGAUGAGGCCAAUUUUGAGCCACCGAAUGAAGAUUUCCUCCCUGCCGAAUGUAAGGAUGCCUCCGCCCUCAGUGACGGAAAGCAUCAGAGUCGGGCAGGUUACAGUCACGUGGGGAGACUUCGAAAAGAAGAAGAGCGUCUUGAGGUAGAAGAGGAAGCGGCGGCAUCUCAGGAGCGAGAGGCUCACCUCUGCACUCAAGAAGCAUAUGCCCGUCGCAUGCGUCUUCACAAACAGCAGAAGGCUCUCAAAACCCGCGGUGUUGAGAUGCUGCGUCGUGGUCUGAAAUCUUUGGAGGAAUUGGAUGAAGCAGAGGAGAAGGAGUGUAGGGAGGCAGAGGUCAAAGGGACUCUCUUGCACAGCCCUUCUACUGCCGUUUCUGAGGGUGCUGCCCCUGACCAGGACCUUUUCGUGGCCCUGUCUCCUGGCUUCUUUGAUCGCUUGGGUGUCGACGGCGAAACGCCUCCAGUAGCUCUGGACAGCUAA